AUGGCGCUGCGCAUCGCCAUAUUAACAUGCGACACUCCGGUCCCCGAGGCCAACCGGCGCCAUAAUGGGUAUGGCGGCCUGUUUACAUCGCUUUUGGAAUCCAGCGCCACAGCGAAUGGUUUGGAUCCUGAAUGUGAUCUGGAAGUCACAGUGUUCGAUAUCGUUGACGGCGAUCAAUAUCCAAAUCUGGAAGAUAUUGAUGCCAUCCUCCUGACCGGAUCAAAAUACAACUCCUACGACAAUACCCCAUGGAUUCUACGCUUAGUGGAGUUCACGAAGAGGAUCCUGGCACAGGACCGGGUCCGUAUACUCGGUAUUUGUUUUGGUCACCAAAUUGUGGGACGCGCUUUAGGCACCAAGGUCGGACCAAAUGAUCAGGGCUGGGAGAUUUCCGUGUGUGACAUGGACUUGACAAAUAAGGGAAAGGAAUUGUUUGGUCAGGACAAACUUCGCAUUCAGCAAAUGCACCAGGAUAUCGUCUUCUCGGUUCCCCCGAACGUGACCCUACUGGGAUCUUCUCCUCGGUGCGAGGUACAGAGCAUGUAUGCGCCUCGCCGCUUCAUUACAAUGCAGGGCCACCCCGAGUUCACCGGGGAGAUUGUAAAGGAGAUUGUGAAUAUUCGGGCCCAGGCGGGAGUCUUCAAGGCCGACUUUGCGCAGGACGCUCUUGAUAGAGCUGGAAAUGAUCAUGAUGGUUUGGGCAUUGCUACUGCUUUCCUCAGAUUCCUAUUGGAGGAAUAA